AAACUACAACUUUGACUCGCAAAAUAUAAACAAACAGCGGCACCGUAAAUUGUUUUAGUUAUGCUAUCCAUAUAAUACCCUUUAGAAUUUUUAUUAAUUUAUUAUAAACUCAUUUUUUGUGUGCAAAAUGUUGUAUUGCCCUCGAAAUAUUACAUUUUUAAAGCCAUGGGUGGACCACAGUUUAUCACAUUGUUUUAUCGACACAAUUUCUUCAGCAUUUAUUAUGUGCUUUGUUAUUAUUUUUGGCGGAGUUCAAAUACGAAUGUAUAAGCGAUAUUCCUCAGAUUUGGAUCCUCGAAUUUUUCCACAUUCAUUUAUGUAUAAAUUACAGAUUGCGUGCCAUUUCUUCCUCUCAAUUUCUGCCUUGAUUCGUCUAAUAUUACAAAUUUCAGUGCUUUAUGAUCUUUAUGUUUACGGGUACAUGAUUCUAAGUGCGUGCUUCUAUUUCUCUUCCUUUCCUUUCGCAUUGUAUCUGCUGUUUUUGGAGAGACAUAAAGCUCUUCCAAGUAUACCUACUAGAGGCCAUGGUCUGGUUCUACUUAUAUUCUGGACAUCUGUAUUUAUAACCGAAAACCUGACAAUUUUGAACAUUCAGAAUGAAAAAUGGUGGUUUAAUUUGCAGAGUUCAUCUGAUAAAAUUGAAUUUGGCUUCUUUGUGUUUCGAUAUGUAUGUAGUUGUUUUCUAUUUGUUUUGGGUUUGAAAGCUCCAGGCAUUCCCACAGCUGAAGAUUACUCUGCAUACCGUCAGCUACAUUUGCAAAUUGAAUCAGGAGUUUUACUCGAAAGUGGAAAUCGGCAGACAUCAAGAAAUCGUUCUACAUUUUCUGAAUUUGGAAAAAAAUGUAAAAGAUUGAUACCAUUUUUGUGGCCAAAAAAGAGCAUUGUCUUGCAGCUGAGAGUUGUGAUGUGUUUUUUUAUCCUUAUAUUAGGCAGAGUUAUCAAUGUUUUUGUUCCUCAGUAUAAUAAGCAUAUAGUUGAUAGUUUAAGUUUACCAGUGAGCCAGAUAACAUUUAGGUGGGACUAUAUCUUGAUGUAUGUCUUAUUUUGGUUCCUUCAAGGACAAGGAAACAACAGCUUUUUAAGUAAUAUCCGGUCAUUUCUGUGGAUUCGAGUUCAGCAAUAUACUGUAAAAGAAGUUGAACUGGAGAUGUAUGAGCAUUUGCAUAGUUUGUCAUUGAGUUGGCAUCUGAGUAGGAAAAUAGGUGAAGUUCUACGUGUCAUGGAUCGCGGAACUAGUAGUAUUAGUAAUCUUUUAAGUUACAUCGUCUUUAAUAUUAUACCCACAUUUGCUGAUAUAUUUAUAGCUGUCAUAUACUUUGCUCUUGCAUUCAACAUUUGGUUUGGUGUAAUUGUCCUUGUAACUAUGCUUCUCUACUUAGGUUUAACUAUAUACCUUACGGAAUGGCGAACUAAAUUCCGGAGAAAUGUGAAUCGCUUAGAUAAUGAAGUAGAGGCCAAAUGUGUUGAUUCUCUCCUUAAUUUCGAAACAGUGAAAUACUAUAAUGCAGAGAAAUAUGAAUUGGAAAACUAUAAAAAUGCUAUUGACAAUUACCAGGUAGCUGAAUGGGCUAGUACUGCAUCUCUGAAUCUCUUGAAUACGGUUCAGAAUAUUGUGAUUACAAGUAGUGUUCUCUGUGGUGCCAUGUUGUGUGCUCAUUAUGUUGUUGAAGGAAAGCUAACAGCAGGAGACUGGGUUCUCUUUAGUACAUACAUAUUACAACUGUAUAUACCUUUAAAUUUUUUUGGAACAUAUUAUAGAAUGAUCCAGACAGCUUUUGUAGAUAUGGAAAAUAUGUUUACUUUAUUAAAUACUGAGCCUGAGAUAAUUGAUAUUCCUAAUGCUUUUCAUCUGAAAGUUGGCGAUGGAUGUAUAGAAUUCAAGAAUGUGCAUUUUUCGUAUGUACCUGAGAGGCAAAUUUUGAAAAAUAUAUCUUUUGUUGUGCCACCAGGACAUACAGUAGCCUUGGUUGGUCCUACAGGAAGUGGUAAAAGUACUAUAACCAGAUUACUUUUUCGCCUUUAUGAUGUUCAGUCUGGUGAAAUUCUUAUUGAUGGGCAGAACAUAGCAAAGGUGACACAGAAAUCUUUGCGUCAGAGUAUUGGUGUUGUUCCUCAAGAUACUGUGCUCUUCAAUAAUACUAUAAGAUAUAAUAUUGGCUAUGGGAGGCCAACAGCUUGUGAUGAAGAAAUAGAAGAAGCAGCUAAAGCAGCAGAUAUGCAUAAUCAAAUUUUGAGUUUUCCUGAAGGUUAUGAUACAGUUGUUGGAGAACGUGGACUGAAGUUAAGUGGAGGUGAAAAACAACGAGUAGCAAUUGCAAGAACAAUUUUGAAAGCACCUUCAUUUAUCAUUUUAGAUGAAGCAACUUCUUCAUUGGAUACACAGACUGAAAGGAAUAUACAAAAUUCUUUGGCUGCUAUCUGUUCUAACAGGACCACUCUCAUCAUAGCACACAGAUUGUCGACCAUUAUUCAUGCUGAUGAAAUUUUAGUCUUGAAAGAAGGAGAAAUUAUAGAAAGAGGAAGUAUCAAAUAUACUUUAAAGCAUUAGCUAUUUUGAACUUUCCUCUUGUGUGCAAAUAUAUAUAUAUGGGGGCAUAUUCUUCGACUUCCUCUACUUCUACUUCUACCCAGCAAGAUAGGACGUUAUCACAGCUUAGCACAGUGUGGAGCAAUCGAGACAACGCCCAGAUAGCUUCCAGACGAGGAAAGGAACAGAGGCAAGCAAACGGCUUGCAGAUCCUCCAAGAGUUGGUGGAAACAGACGGUUUCCUUCGAUGCUCAAGUUCCUUGUAACUAAGCUAAUCAUUAUUGAAUGUAGUUAAUCAUGGAUCGAUGAAAAUAGACGUAUUCUCUUAAGGCAUGAGCCUACAUGCCUAUAGAACUCUUAGAGACUGAUAAUGUGUGAGAAUGUUCAUUACAUGAAUCGAAUCCUGUUUGGACUGAAACUUUAGAGGGGUGAGUUGCUGGUAACCUCACUAACUCUUCAGUUAGUGAGGUUACCAACUGUACUGUUCACUUUCACCUUAACUCACCUUUUCUUUCAUUUUAUUUCAUAUCAGUAAAAUAAAGUAGUUUAGUUAUGUUUAAGUCGUGCUCUACUUUAUUCUUAUUGAGAGCAAUCUUACAAAAAUAUGGUGCACAACAGUGGCGCAAACUCAAAAGUAUGCAAAUCCAAAAUUAGUGUUCCAAGUUGAACUGUUUUUUGCUUAACUGUGUAUUGCCAUACUGUGAAUUUAAUGGACUGUUCUCACAAGUUGUUGGAUUAUUCUUACAAAGUGUUUGGAUUACCAAUUGAAGACGAUCGUCUGUCGGGUACCUCAUGACGAUGGUGAUGUCCACUCGGCAAUGUCCUGCAGGAUAGCAGAGAAUGUGGAGGCAUAUUCUUUGACUUCCUCUACUUCUACUUCUACCCAGCAAAGCAUGACACUAUUGCAGCUUAGCACAGUGUGGAGCAAUCGAGACCAUGCCCAGAUAGCUUCCAGACGAGGAAAGGAACGGAGGCAAGCAAACGACUUGCGAAUCCUCCAAGAGUUAGUGGAAACAGACGGUUUCCUUCGAUGCUCAAGUUCCUUGUAGCCAAGCUAAUCAUUAUUGAAUGUAAUUAGCCAUGGAUGGAUGAGAAUAGACGUAUUCUCUCAAGGCAUGAGCCUACUUGCCUAUAGAACUGUUAGAGACUGAUAAUGUGUGAGAAUGUUCAUUACAUGAACCGAAUCCUGUUAUGACUGAAAAUUUAAUUGUGAGGUUACCAGCUAUACUGUUCACUUUCACCUUAAUUCAUCUUUUCUUCCAUUUUAUUUCAUAUUAAUAAAAUAAAGUAGUUUAGUUGUAUUCAAGUCGUGCUCUACUGUGUUCUUAUUGAGGGUAAUCUUAUAUAUAUAUAUACACACACAUGUAUAUAUAUACAAGAUCCAGCUA